GAAAAUAAAAUUGGUAAUUGGUAAGCAAAGGAACAUGCAUCUCCUCAUCUUUGAUGACAAAGCAAAUGUCUUUUCCUUUUUUCUAUUUCACCAAAUUGCACAAAACCAUAUAUUCUAGGUCUCUUUCCCUUUUUCCACUUUAUACUACUUUCUUUCUUCCCCACCUUCUCUAUAUUCACCUUUCAUUUUUCAUUUUUGUACUUAUAAAUCUUCUUAAAUCAUUAUCAUUUCAUUAAUUUUUUAUAGCUAAUUUAUUGCAAAUUCAUUCCUAUAUUUUUAGUUUUCUUCCCAAAAACCCACCAAAACCCUCCUCAUGGCUAAACUUAACUCUCUAUACCUCAUCUUGCUUCUCUCCAUAACCAUCUCCAAAUGUGGAGGAAUUAUGGAUUCAGAAACAGGAAAAACACAGAGAAUUGUCAGAAGAUUAGAUGAUUCUACAACAAACCCAGCAAAUUUCCCACCAUCUACACCUUCACCAACAAUUAUAACAGUCCCUGCUUCAAACCCUACUACCCCAGAUAACAACCAAUUUCCAACAACACCACCAGCAACCACAACAAUCCCUGCUUCAACCACCCCAACAACACCUACACCCAUCACUAAUCCUGCAAAUACCGGAAACGUCCCGGUAUCAAACCCGCCUAGCCAGCCCACAGGUGGUGGUAGCACAGGGCAGAGUUGGUGUGUGGCUAAUAGUGGUGCAUCAGAGACUGCACUGCAGAGUGCAUUGGAUUAUGCUUGUGGAAAUGGAGCUGAUUGUUCAACAAUUCAAGAUGGGGGUAGUUGUUAUAAUCCUAAUAGUCUUGCUAAUCAUGCUUCUUAUGCAUUUAAUAGUUAUUUUCAGAAGAAUCCUUCACCUACUAGUUGUGAUUUUGGGGGUGCUGCUCAGCUGGUUAACACUAAUCCUAGUACUGGUUCUUGUAUCUACCCUUCAUCAGCAUCCGGAACUGGAACUGGAACCGGAACAGGAACAGCUAUGCCUCUAUCAACAACUCCUCCAACAACAGAGACACCUUCUUCAACAUUUCCAACACCGACAACAACAUCCUCACCCGGGACUACUGGAAUGCCAUAUGGGAGUCCAUCAUCAAGCACCUUUGGAUCACCAUCAUUCUCAACUCCAGGCAACCCAAAUUCACUGUUUCCUGCAAGUUAUGGACCUGAUAGCCCUCCACUUGGAUCUCUUCCUGCAGGCUCAGCUGCUCUGCGACCCGACUUCUGUUUCAUCACCCUGGUAGUUUUCUACUUCACAGGAAAACUAAUUCUGAGUACAUGAGUUUUUUUAUUUCAAGUCAGAAGGUUAACAAGGAUCCUAGCUAAUGGUAAAAGAAACUUAUGCUCUUGUACAGAUCUUUUAGACCUAUGAGAUUGAGACAAUGAAAUAUGGUAGCGGUUUACAGAAUAUUAGCUUUAGGAGUAAGUACUUAAAGAGUGUUAGUAAUCAGAAAUCCAAACCACAACUUCAGUUGCCAUCGUCUCUGAGAUAAUGAGUGCAGUUUGUAGGGAAGAGAGUUACUAUAUGAGAUGCUCUAGAUUAGGAUUAGCUAGAUUCGCAUCAGCGGAUUUAAGAUGUAUAAAGGAAACCCAUGAUUGUAGAUUCACGAGAAUGUAUUAGAAGUUGAGAGUUUUCGUGUUAUAAUACUUCAGAUUUCUGUUGAGGCAGAUAUUGCUUAUGUUAUUCAGCAAUGCAUUUGUUCAGGUAAUUGUGCCUA